AUGUUACAUCGAUCUUCAAGCCGAUUUCUAUCCACUCAAAAGAAGGGUCCAGGACCUGCAGUGAAAAAGCUUAUUGCCAUUGGAAAGAAAUGGAAACAAAAGACAAUUCGUGGUCCAAUUGAACAUGAUACUCCAAAGAAAGGGUCUAAAUAUAUCUUAUGCCAGUUUCCGUAUCCUUCCGGAGCACUACACAUAGGUCAUCUUCGAGUCUACGUCAUUAGCGACUCUCUGAAUAGAUUUUACAAACAAAGAGGCUAUAAUGUGAUACAUCCAAUGGGGUGGGAUGCUUUUGGAUUACCUGCAGAGAAUGCUGCUAUAGAAAGGGGCAUUAACCCUGCUAUAUGGACUAAGGACAAUAUUUCUAAAAUGAAACAACAAAUGGAAAGUAUGUUGGCCAAUUUCGAUUGGGACAGAGAAAUAGCUACAUGUGAUCCGGAAUACUAUAAAUUCACCCAAUGGAUUUUCUUAAAACUCUUCGAAAAUGGCCUAGCUUAUCGUAAGGAAGCAGAAAUUAAUUGGGAUCCUGUUGAUAAGACAGUUUUGGCCAACGAACAAGUAGAUGCCCAGGGCCGUUCUUGGAGAUCAGGGGCCAUUGUAGAAAAGAAGCUGUUAAAACAAUGGUUUUUAGGAAUAACCAAAUUUGCUCCUAAAUUGAGAAAACACUUGAAUAAACUUAACGACUGGCCUUCCAAUGUGAAGCAAAUGCAGAAAAAUUGGAUAGGUGAAUCUGUAGGUGCAGAAUUAGUAUUCAAAGUUACAGACCCUGAAUUUAAAAACUUAAUUGUUUUUACGACAAGGCCAGAAACUUUGUUUGCAGUACAAUACGUGGCCCUCGCAUUGGACCAUCCUAUCGUACAGAAAUAUAGUGAGGUAAUGCCGGAUUUGAAAGAAUUUUUGAAAAGAAGUGAUCAACUACCUAACGAUUCAAAGGAAGGGGUUCACUUGCCUAAUUUGAAGGCCAUAAACCCUUUGACUAAGGAAGAAAUCCCUAUAUUUGCAGCUCCUUAUGUAAUCAGUAGCUAUGGUACAGCACCCAGUGCAGUAAUGGGCUGUCCAGGUCAUGAUAAUCGAGACUUUAAAUUUUGGCAACGCAACUGUCCAGGAAAACAUAUCAGGACUUGUAUAGCUCCUUUCUUUGACGAUGCUUCCGAGUUAUCCGAAAAGGAAAAGAGAAAAUUGAUUGAGACUGUUCCUUUCACAUCUACUAACGGUGUCUUAACAGAAGACAGUGGAGAAUACUCGGGGGUUUUCACUGAAGUAGCAAGAAAGUCGAUAGUAGGAAAAUUGCAUAGCGAGGGAUUGUCUAAAAAUAUCGUUAGAUAUAAGAUUAGAGAUUGGUUAAUAAGUAGACAAAGAUACUGGGGUGCUCCAAUACCUAUCAUUCAUUGCGACAAUUGUGGACCUGUUCCUGUUCCAGAGAGUGAUCUACCCGUCAAACUGCCUGAACUUCGAGGAUUAGAUACAAAGGGAAACCCGCUGUCGACAAUUGAUGAAUUUGUAAAUGUUGCUUGUCCUUCAUGCGGCAGUCCUGCCAAAAGAGAAACAGAUACUAUGGAUACCUUUAUUGAUAGUUCUUGGUAUUAUUUUAGAUUUUUGGAUCCAAAGAAUACAUCAAAACCGUUCGAUCGUGAAAUCGCUAGUAAACAUAUGCCCGUUGAUAUCUACAUUGGUGGGGUAGAACAUGCUAUCUUACAUUUAUUAUACUCAAGGUUCAUCGCCAAAUUUCUUGGAUCUAUUAAUGCAUGGGACGAUCCUAUUGGCAUCUUUGAGCCAUUCAAAAAACUAGUCACGCAAGGAAUGGUUCAGGGAAAAACUUAUGUUGAUCCCGAUACUGGUAAAUUUUUGAAACCUGAUGAGAUAAGCUUUGAAAAUGACACUUCAGGUGGCAACACAGCGAUAAUAAAAUCAAAUGGCAAAGUACCAAUAGUUUCUUAUGAGAAAAUGUCUAAAUCUAAACAUAACGGUGCAGAUCCUAACGAGUGCAUUUUAAGGCAUGGACCUGAUGCCACAAGAGCGCAUAUCCUUUUCCAAAGUCCAAUCGCAGAUGCUCUGAAUUGGGAUGAAUCUAAAAUUGUGGGUAUUGAACGUUGGCUACAAAAGGUCCUUAAUUUGACCAAAAGUAUUCUAAAUCUCGAGAAGAAUUUGGCAAUAAGUAAGGACUACAAGACGCCUACUGAUUUAAACGAUGCGGAGGUGAAAUUUCACAACGAUUUCCAACCACUCUUGAAAUCAAUCACGGAAUCCUUUGAGGUUCAUCUCUCGCUAAAUACUGUAAUAUCUGACUAUAUGAAACUAACCAAUAUUUUAGAGGUUACGUUGAACAAAGGUGAGGUAAGAAAUGAGAUGAUGGUUCAAAAUUUACAAAAGCUGAUAAAUGUCAUAUAUCCCGCUGUUCCAUCAAUUUCAGAAGAGGCUGCAGAAAUGAUCAGCUCUCAAAUGGAAUGGAAUCAAUACCACUGGCCAGCAGUUGAGCGAACAACUGAAUCUAAAUUUAAAAAAUUUCAAAUUGUGGUGAAUGGAAGAGUUAAAUUCAUGUACACAGCUGAUAAAGAUUUCUUAAAACAAGGAAGGGAUGCUGUUAUUGAAACUUUGAUGAAACUACCCGAAGGUAGAAUGUACUUGAUGAAUAAAAAGAUCAAAAAAUUUGUCAUGAAAUUCAAUGUUAUUAGUUUCUUAUUCCAUAAAUAA